AUGUGUGGAAUUUUCGGAUACAUCAACUACCUGGUGGAGAAGGACCGCAAGUUCAUUCUUGACACGUUGGUCAACGGUCUCUCCCGCCUCGAGUACCGUGGAUACGACUCGGCCGGUCUCGCCGUUGAUGGUGACAAGAAGAAGGAGGUCUAUGCCUUCAAGGAGGUCGGCAAGGUCGCCAAGCUGAAGGAGCUGAUUGACUCGUCGGAAAUUGAUCUGGAGAAGACUUUCGACUCACAUGCCGGUAUCGCACACACGCGAUGGGCCACCCACGGUCCUCCAUCGCGCAUCAACUGCCACCCUCACAGGUCCGACCCUACCUGGGAGUUCUCAAUUGUUCACAACGGUAUCAUUACCAAUUACAAGGAGCUGAAGACGCUCUUGGAGAGCAAGGGCUUCAAGUUCGAGACAGAGACCGACACAGAGUGCAUUGCAAAGCUGGCCAAGUACCUGUACGACCACAACCCCAAGCUGGGCUUCACUGACCUGGCCAAGGCUGUCAUUAACGAGCUCGAGGGUGCCUACGGUCUGUUGAUCAAGUCGGUGCACUACCCCCACGAGGUCAUCGCCGCCCGUAAGGGUUCGCCGCUUGUCAUUGGUGUCAAGACCUCGAGGCGCAUGAAGGUCGACUUUGUCGACGUCGAGUACGCAGACGAGCACAGCCCUCUGCCCGCCGAGACCGCAUCCCAAAACGUUGCGCUCAAGAAGGCUGGUCUGGGCAGCAGCCUGCUCAGCCCCGCCUCGGCAGCUGGUGGCCUUACUGCUCCCGACAAGUCGCUUCUGCACCGCUCGCAGUCGCGUGCCUUCAUGACCGACGACGGUCUUCCCAUGCCUACCGAGUUUUUCCUAUCCUCGGACCCGUCCGCUAUCGUGGAGCACACCAAGAAGGUUAUGUACCUGGAGGACGACGACAUCGCCCACAUCCACGAGGGCUCUCUCAACAUCCACCGUCUCAAGAAGGCCGAUGGCAGCUCCAACGUCCGCACCAUCCAGACCCUUGAGCUGGAGCUCCAGGAGAUCAUGAAGGGCAAGUUCGACCACUUCAUGCAGAAGGAGAUUUUCGAGCAGCCCGAGUCGGUUGUCAACACCAUGCGUGGUCGUCUCGACAUUGAGAACAAGAAGGUCACCCUGGGUGGCCUGCGGUCAUACAUCAGCACCAUCCGCCGCUGUAGGCGUAUCAUCUUCAUUGCCUGUGGCACAUCAUAUCACAGCUGUAUGGCCGUCCGUGGUAUCUUUGAGGAGCUGGCAGAAAUCCCCAUCGCCGUUGAGCUGGCAUCAGACUUCCUCGACAGGCAAGCACCAGUGUUCCGUGAUGACACGUGUGUUUUCGUCUCUCAGUCUGGUGAGACUGCCGACUCCCUCAUGGCUCUGCGUUACUGCUUGGAAAGGGGCGCCCUGACCGUUGGUAUCGUCAACGUUGUCGGUUCCUCCAUUUCGCUCCUGACGCACUGUGGUGUCCACGUGAACGCCGGCCCCGAAAUCGGUGUCGCAUCCACCAAGGCCUACACUUCGCAGUUCAUUGCCAUGGUCAUGUUUGCCCUGUCACUUAGUGAAGAUCGCGCUAGCAAGAUCGCUCGUCGUGAGGAGAUUAUGGAGGGACUCUCCAAGAUCUCUGACCAGAUCAAGGAGGUGCUCAAGCAGGACCAGGUCAUCAAGGACCUCUGCUCCAAGACCUUCAAGGACCAGAAGUCAUUGCUGCUGCUUGGUAGGGGAUCGCAAUUCUCCACUGCUUUGGAGGGUGCCCUCAAGAUUAAGGAAAUCUCAUACCUGCAUUGCGAGGCCGUCAUGUCUGGCGAGCUCAAGCACGGUGUCUUGGCCCUGGUCGACGAGAACCUCCCCAUCAUCAUGAUCCUGACGCGUGACAACAUCUUCAAGAAGUCGCUGAACGCUUAUCAGCAAGUCGUUGCCCGUGGUGGAAAGCCCAUCGUCAUCUGCAACCCGGCUGAUGAAGAGUUUGGCGCCAAUGAUGCCGAGAAGAUCGAGAUCCCCAAGACGGUCGACUGCCUCCAGGGUAUUCUGAACGUCAUCCCGCUCCAGCUUAUCUCGUACUGGCUUGCCGUUAUGGAGGGACUCAACGUUGACUUCCCCAGGAACUUGGCCAAAAGGAAGGCGCUUGCUGUCGAUAUGACGUGA